AUGUUCCUGAAAGAGCCAUCAUCAGCUGGCACUGAAGACUCCCGCUCCCCAGCCGGCACAGCUGGGUUCAGAGCAGGCGCUGGUAGCGCAGCCCCGCGAGAGGAGCUCUGCCCCGGGAAACGCAGCCGCCCACAGAGAUCGUCCCGGGGCAUCCUGCAGGGAAGCCCCCGUGUCUGCGCCAGACCCCAGCGGCGACCGCGGCGAGCGGCCGCGUCCCUCGAGUGCCCAGAUCUCGGCUCAUCCCUACCCCAGCUGGCUUCUGUUCUUGCGGGAUUCCGGCACAGCCUCGGCGCGACUCUCCCCGGGGCCUCGCUCCUUCCAGUUAGCGGCCGUAAGACGGGUUUAAACUGCUUCACCCCGCGGCCUUGCAGCCGAGGCGGUCGGUGUGCGACGGGCGGCGGGCACAUGCGGAUCUUCCGGCUGGAGCCGAGGCUCUGGCGGUCCCCUCCGACCCCGGCCGAGAGCACUACGCCUCCGCCAACGGCCGUGCAACAACAAGCGUCGCCUUUUAUUUACAGCUGCCGGCACGUUAUACUUUCACCUGCCAACACUUCGGAUUUCCGCAACAAAUACAUUCCAGCGCCGGGGGCAGCUAACCUCCCGCCGCGGACGAGCACAGCUUCUCUCCCUCUUCCUCGAGACAGGAAGCCCCCGGAGCCCCGCGGGGAUCCCCCACCCCCUUCCCACCGCAGGGAAACGGGGGUCUCCCGCUCAGAGCCGAGAGAGCGGAGCCCACCCGGCAAGCGGUGCGGUGCGUUGCGGGCGGCAGCUCGCCCGACCCUGGCCCCGGAGUCGAGCGAGAAGUUGAUGGCUGAGGGUGCGGCUGGCCCCGUCUCCCCGGGGCCGCGGGAGCCCCCUCUUUCCUCCGGCCAGCGAAACGUGAACAGGACGACGGGGAGCGCGGGGGAACCCCUGUGCGCGCCCCCUCCUCUCGGGAGUGGGAGAGGACCCAGUUAA